AUGAAGUCACUUCUGGUGGGGCUGCUGCUUGGUCUCGCGUGCGUGGAGCUGGCCCAGUCCCUGCGGUGUUACACGUGCAAGGAGCCAACAGACAUUUCUGAGUGCAGAACACCCACCCUGUGUCCCCCGAAAGCCAAGGUGUGCACAACAACGCUGCACUCUGUAGACACAGGUUAUCCCUUUUUCGGCAACAUCACCGUGACCAGAAAGUGUGAUGAGACCUGUGUCAACUACGACGGGAUAGGUUCAAGCAGGCCCACGUCGUGCUGCUACACCGACCUCUGCUCUGAUGAUACCAGGAGCAGCAGGGGGGAGAGAAGCAGCUCCUCAGCACUGGGCCUGAUGGCCUUGGUUGUUGGCAUGCUCCUCCAGCGCGCUCUGUGA